AUGGCCAUGGAAUACCCCAUGCACUUCUCCUCGACUGACAAUGGGGGCCUUUUGGAUGUUGUCUGUAAGGUGAAGAUUUUCGAUGAUGCUCAUGAAUCACACCUCCUUACUGCACGUGAUGGUACUGACUUCAUUUACAAGGGAUGCCUCCAUGAUGGUUUUCACUGCUAUACCAUUUUUAAUGGGGUGAUGAUGCAACAGUUUCCCAUUCCAAUUGUUGUUUCUACCAGUGGUACGAAAGUCCUUGGGCACCAUUCGCACUCGUGGGAGUCUUUGAAAUCGGUGGUGGAUUUGUGCGCCGGGUUCGGUGGAUUGGCACAAGGAGCAACGGCUGCAGGUUUCACUGUUCAGGUCGCCGUUGAUCACAACCAACGCAUGCUGGAUUUGUACUCCAAGGCUGGUGAUUCUCAUUUGAUUUGUGGGGACAUUGGAGCCCAAAGUGUGAUGCAUGAGAUCUGGGCCCACUCUGGCGGCGCAGGUACUUUCACUUGCGGGUUCAGUUGUCAGCCCUUUUCCCGAUUAGGUGACGGCAAGAGCCAAGCCGAUGAGAGAGCCAAUUGUUUCUCACAGUCAAGGUUGGAAGCCAAGGGCAUUCACGGAUGCAUCACUCGUAGCGCAGUUUUCCCUGAUGGAACUAGCCUAAUGAGACAUGUUCACCCAAACGAGGCUAUGGGGCUCAACACAUUCGAUCCCAUCAUCGAUUUUGGACAGGAAGUGCGAUUGACCCUUGCUGCUGUAGGGCAACUAGCAUGUCCGGCCCAAGCCUUGUGGAUCCUCAGUGAAGUUCUUGCCAGGAUUGACAUGAUGAAACAUGCACGCACCUUCACCAAAUCGGAGCAAUUGCAAGCCUAUAGGUCUUGGUUGUUGAUGAGGUGCAGACAGGUGUGGCCAGCACAGGUUGAACCUGUCACAGACCAGACCAUCCUGACGUUGGCGACGUUUUGGGGUCAACACAAAGAUUUGUCUCUUGGUGAGUUACUGUUUCCUUUGCGAUGGGAAGGACAGAUUGAGGGUACGAUCAGCAUUGCUGCAGUCCUGGAUCACCUGAUCCGUAUGCGUGAAGGCACUGCUCCAACGGUUCCUGAUGCCGACCCAAAGACACCACCCAUUUCUGACGUUGAUGAAGUGCCGGUUUUUGACCAACCUGUCAUUUCUGAAGACAUUGCCACAAGUGGUUGCAUGGUUGCCGAGUUUUGCACCGUCAUUUUCUCCAAUUCGGAUGAACCUCCUCUCCGUUUCCAGCCGAGGUGUGGAUCUACCAUUUCUCAAUUUUUGAAUGCCCAUGAGAAAUUGAUCGGUACUUUUGAGGUUGAAAAGAUUGUGCUGAAUGAUCUGCCUGUCCCGAUUGACCAUGUUCUUGCGGUAGGACAAGUGUUGGAGGUUCAACUCAAGACCCCUGUUUUGCAGCUUGAUGCCCAAUUACCGAUUGUUUCUCCCACUGCCGAGUGGUCACAGCCAAUUGAUGAUUCAGGAGUGAAAUCACCUCUCAGGAAAGUCUCGAAGUUUGAUGUUGGAGAAUGUGUCACUCCGAGUGCCUUGUUGCCUGAUGACACUGCCUGGCUUGAUGCUCGACCCCUGGUAGGAUUGCAAAGUGAGCAGUUCUUAAAACUUGGAAUGCCAAGCAUCCAAAACGCGCAGCAACUGUGGUCCUUGAGGCACCAAUACCUUCGCACCGAAGAUCGUAUCCAGGUCUUGGACAACCAGGAGAGAUUCUGGGCAGAUGAUGAAAUCAGGUUUCACCUUCAUGCCGUUGUACAGGCCAGCCUUGAGAUGUCCGUUCGUUUGGGACGAAAGGUGCAGCCAGUUUGUGUCCUUGACCCUUUGAUUGCAACUGCCUGGAUCCAACACCGUGGGUUCGAUUGUCAUCAGUGGGCUACUGAUCACCCUGAAAUUUUGCGAGACGGCAUUCCUAUUGUCACAGUGAUUCUGAUUGAUCAGCAUUGGUUCCCAUUGUUCAUGUCUCCUUUGCAAGGGGUCCUGCAUGUCCACACAUGGGAUGGCAUGAACGCUUCACAUGAGGGUCUUGAUUUGCUCAUGGACAAGCUUGCGGUUGCUUUGGGGUUAACCAACGCCAUGAUCAGACGAGAACACAGGCUGUUUUUCACCUCUGAUCUGUGCGGGGCCCUUGCAGUUGCCUUUUUGAGAUAUGCACUCGUAGGAUUACAACUUCCUUCUGAUUGCACAGAGGCCACUGUCAUUCAUGCCAAGCUGAAAGAGGCGUACAUGACUGAACUGAGGCGAUGCCAAAUUGCCAGGCGACCAUGGAUCUGGGGAGCCGGUGAUAAGCGCCCCACAGUUUCACCCUCCAGUGAUCUCCAUUUGGCCGUCAACAUCUCACGUGACCAGAGAAUUGACCUCAUUAAUGAGAAAGGGAUGGCACUUGCUGAUGACGAAAUGCGUUUCCACCUCAUGCAGCUUGUUGCUAAUCAGCCCGCAAGCUCUUCGGCGAGUGUUCAGAAGUUCACAUUCAUGGCUCAAGAGUUUCUCUCUACUGCUGAGAACUGCAGAGGACUUGCCAUGUUGCACAAUGAGCAUUGGAUGCCAGUGAUCUUCCUCCGUCACCAUGGCCAGGUGUUCAUGAUCCUUGAACAAAAUCCUGUUGUGUCUGAGCUUUCACUGCACCCAGGGAUUCAGCAGAUCCUGAUUGCGCCUUUCUGGGAAGUGGACGAGCUUUUCUGGCGCUCUCAUGCUGAGGAUCCAGACACUAGGCUCCAGGCUUAUGUCCGACAUGUCUCUAGACAAGGGGUCCACUCCGACCAUGCUAGAAAGCUGUGGGGUUCCAUCUUGCGAGCCACUGGAUUUACCCCGUCAUUUGCGGGGUGGUGGGAGCAGAACCAUGCCAAGGUUUUUGGAGCACCUGAGAGGCUCCCCUUUGUACCCCCAACCCUUGACAUUGCUGAAAGGGUAUUUGACUCCUUUGCAAUUGCAUUUCGCAAGUUUGAGCAAGAGCUUCAUGGUGCCUCCCGGAAUUAUGCCAGGCAGAAGCGGGAUAUGAACCCGAAUGCUAUUUUCCAUGACCUGCAAGCCCCUAGGGAAAAUGGAGUUGCUCUCUUGAUCAAACCCAUUGUUGCCAAGGUUGAAAGUGUCAAUAGCGCUCAUGGAGAGAUUGUUUUAGACCGUGAAGUCUGUUUUGACUUGGCACACCCUGUUUUUUGCAAUGGGAAAAUGCUUGAUGUCGCUCAUGCCGACACUGAUGCUGUUUGGGCCGCCAAUGUUGAGGAUGUACCUGUUGGUGCCACUGUCUCACAGACCAGCUGUCGUGGCACUGAUGCUGAACUGUUUGCACUCUUCCUGACUGCUUGGAAACAAAUGUGGGAACGCCACCACAGCAUUCCUAGCUCCAGGUGGGAACCAAUCUUACAGUUUGCCCGUGCGAAACUGGUUUUUCCACUGCUCAGGUGGCCGGCCAUUGAUUCUGAAGCCUUGGUGCAUAGCAUUGCUCAUAAAAAGGUUUCCACAUCAGGUGGGCUGGAUGGUGUGACGCUGGUUGACCUCAAAUCCAUGCCGUCCCAAGCUUGUAGCAACUUUGUGGAUAUGUUUCACCACGCAGAGCUCACAGGUGAAUGGCCAAUCCAGGUUAUUGCGGGCAGGGUGUCAUGCUUAGCCAAAACUGCCCAGCCAACUGAUGCCCUGGACUUUCGGCCGAUCACAGUUCUGGGAUUGCUUUACCGUUGUUGGAGCACCUUCCAUGCCAAGCAUGCCAUCCGUGCCAUAGAGGGUAUUUUGCCUACUGGAUUGUAUGGAAGUAGGGCCCACAGACAUGCAGGUCAAGUCUGGUCUCACUUGCUUUGGACCAUUGAAUUGGCGUAUGAAAACCAGACUCCGUUGUGCGGCAUUAUGGCAGACAUCCAGAAGGCCUUCAACUUUCUGUCGAGACCAGUUGUGAUGGAGUGUUGUGCCUUGAUUGGAAUCCCGUUUCACGUUCUUCGGGGAUGGGCGGGAGCCUUGUCACGUAUGCCACGACGUUUCCAAAUUCAUGGCAGUUUGAGUCCGCCCGCAUAUAGCAAUUGUGGCCUGCCGGAGGGAUGUGCACUUUCCUGUUUGGGUAUGAUGGUCGUCGACAUUGUUUUCCACGAGUAUAUGUUGCACUUCUUUCCUUUAUGUCAGCCACUUUCUUACGUGGAUGACUGGCAGGUGUUAGUCAUGGACCCAAGCAUGCUCCAACCAGUUUUUCGGUGCCUCGAGGAGUUCACUGCCUUGUUAGACCUUUUUCUUGUCCGCAGGACAACCCAUACAUGGUCAAUCAGUGCAGAAGGCCGUGCCCAACUGCGGUCACAAGGCUUUGGCCUUGUCGGUUUUAGCAAGAAUUUGGGCGCCCACGUACAGUACACAAGACAGCAUACGAAUAAGGUCCUGAUGGACAGGGUCACUGGUGCGCAAGGCUUGUGGACUAAGUUACGAUACUCAGCCAGCCCUUACGCCCAGAAAGUUCGUGCUCUCAAGUGUGCAGCUUGGCCUCGUUGUCUGCACGCUGUGGCCGCCACUACAGUGAGCAAGGUCACUUUUGCAGCCCUUCGUUCCGGGGCAAUGCGAGGCCUCAAAGCAGAUGUGGCUGGUGCCAACCCAAUGGUCCAUUUAGGACUUGUUGAGCCACCUAGCACAGUCUUGACUUGUUCAGGCUGGUCACUUGCUGCAACUACGCAGCAUCAGUGGGAUGAAUACUUGGUGGCUUUGACACCUUCGCCAGGACCCAUCAACAUUUUCACUGAUGGGAGCUGCUUUGGACAACACAGUGUGCAGACUAGGUUUGCAGGGUGGGCAGUGGUUUUUGCCGCGACUGAAGCGAUCCAUGACUGUACUGGCAGUCUUGUCCUGGAUUCAGGUGUCCUGCCGGGGUACUUACAAAGUGCAGUCCGGGCAGAGAUCUUUGCUGUCUUGCGAGCAUUGUUGAUCACCCAGGACCUUGAGUGCAAAGUCAUGAUAUGGUGUGACUGUGACGCUGUCGUCAAACGCAUGCGGAGGUUACUUGUGGGGCAUGACCUGAAGAUUGGCUGCUCUCAUUCGGACCUUUGGACUCUUAUUCAGAAGUGCAUCAGGCGACGGCGGGGCCCCACAAUGAUUACAAGAGUUGCAGCUCACCAGGAGGAACAUACGGCCAAAGAUGUUUUCACCGAAUGGUGCAUCCGGCAUAAUGCCCUGGCUGACCGGCAAGCUGUUCGAGCAAAUGGAACGAGGCCCGCGUCAUUCUGGAGUCUGUUUCACUCGCAUUUGUCUGCAUUGGAUAACAUCACUGGUAUCAAUAGGGCCAUCCAACAAGUGCAACUUGAUAUUAGCAGGGAAGUUGUCCGCUUGGGUGAGCCGGCCAAAUUGGAUGUUGCCCCGCUUGACCUUGAACUGCCCCCUCCUAGCAAAGCUUGGUGCCCGUUGCCUGCUCUUCAGAUCCCAGCACAGGCUGUCCGUUGGUAUGGAGACGUGAUGGUUCGUUGGAUCGUGAGUUGGUUUUGGCAGGCAGUUGCAGAGAGUGACUUGGAGCCAGUCUGGGUGUCCCAUUACCAAUUGUACAUUGAUUACAUGUGCAGUACAGGCCAUCCAGGACCUGUGCAUAUCAAUGGAUGGAUUGAUGGCGCACGCCUUUCACAUUUGCAUUUGCGCGGACUUGCCUUCCGCACCAGGGCCAGAUGGUUUGUGAAGGUUUGGAAAGAGACCCUGAGACAUCAGGGCAUUGUUUUGGAGAGCGCUUUUGGCCGACCACAUUCUCAGGUCAUUUUGCUGCACACUGGAUGCGUUUCACUGCCUUGGCCACGUGACCGCCUUCAAAGUGUGGAUAGGUGGAUGUUUGCCCGCAGCCAAUCUGCCUUUAAGCGCCAAUCCACUGCACUCGACAGCCUUCCUUUCGCUGAUGCCCAUUCAGAGUUUCCACCUUGCUACCGGACCACCGUUGGCACAUGA